AUGGUUUAAACUUUCCUUUUUAGUCUUUUUGGAGCCCAUGGAGGUGGACAAGCCAAAAGAGGAGAAACAGGAAUCGAGUCCCAUCCUUCCUAACAAAGGGAAUGGGCUUGAUCUUGAGACAUACUCAUGGACACAGAAUCUCCAAGAGGUCACGGUUAAUAUUCCAGUGCCUAGCGGUACUAAAUCACGGUCUGUUAUCUGUGAAAUCAAGAAGAACAGUCUAAAAGUUGGUUUCAAAGGACAAGAUCCAAUCAUCGAUGGAGAAUUCUUCAACGCUGUCAAGCCUGACGAGUGUUUCUGGAACAUCGAGGAUCAAAAGGUCAUAUCGGUGCUCUUGACAAAGCAAGACCAGAUGGAGUGGUGGAAAUAUUGUUUGAAAGGAGAACCUGAAAUAGAUACUCAGAAAGUUGAGCCAGAGAGCAGCAAACUAGGUGAUCUUGACCCGGAUAUUCGCCAAUCCGUUGAGAAGAUGAUAUUUGAUCAAAGGCAAAAGCAGAUGGGACUGCCAACGAGUGAUGAGAUAGAGAAAAAAGAUAUGCUCAAGAAGUUCAUGGCUCAGCAUCCUGGGAUGGACUUCUCUAAUGCAAAGUUUAACUGAUUUUGAAACAACUCUUCUUCUCUUAAGCCAAUUUUGUGUUACUAAUUAUAUAUAUAUCGUCUCUUGCUAUGGCUUCAAGAUGAAAUCUGCCCUGUUGGUUUUUUUUUUUUUUUGGGCAAACACCCUUUUGGUUAUUUGAAGAUCAGUUGUUGAUUCGUUAAUUAAGCUUUCUUACAUUAUGAACUUUAAGAAAAGCUUCAAAACUUA